AUGCCGCCUCCUAAGAAUACGCAUUACUCGACUGUCGCGCACAAUGACCAGUACGAUGACUCGACGACAGAAGUCGACGAGUCCCUCAUGGGCGACGAGAAGCAGUGGCACUCGAUCGACCUGAGCGGGAAGCAGAACAACAAUUGCGAUACCUGGAAACGCGUCAAGGGGACGCUGCGGAGGUACCGAUGGCUCAUCGACACGCUGCUGCUCCUCACCAAUAUUGGGCUGUCGCUGGGCCUGUCGUUGCUCAUGUACUACCAAUUCGAAGACGCAAAGUUUCCCGCCAGCGUACGGCAGAUUGGCGGUGAUUUCAGUGGCGCCGGGCCGCAGUCCGGCGCGGGAUGGAAGUCUGAAGCCGACGGGCCGUUCUUCACCACCACCAUGACGCACCAGCUUCACUGCAUAUACAUGAUGGGAAUGAUCUACUCGGGCCUUACCACCAACAAGGUCGAUAAGCUCACCGCCGACUACAACACCCACUUCUUCCACUGCAUAGACUAUCUAAGACAAGCCGUCAUGUGCUCGGCGGACUUGGCGCUCGAGCCGCAUCUCUCCACAGACGCCGACGACAACGGCCCCGGCGACGGCAGCUGGAACGGCAUGCACGGCCAAAUCACCGAAGGAGUUCGCACCGUUUUGCCGAUUGACGAUUAA